AUGGUGGUAUCAAAGUGGAGAUCGCUUUUGUACUGCAAAGGCAACACGGCACGCUCUUAUUUAGGUGCUUCAGCCGCCCAAUCUCCUGAUCGCGGUGUGGAAACUGACAAGGAGAGCAUGUGUUGCGCCCACCCGACCUUCUUCCCCGGCUGCAACAGCAUGGAGGUCGUCUUCCCCGGCAUGCACGCACUGGCCCUCGCCGCCGUCUUCUCCGCCUCCGUCCUCGUCGAGUGGUGCGACCACCGCCUCGUCAUCGCCGCUGCAGCGGCGUCGGGGCUGACGCAGACCGCCAUGCACGCCGCUCGCGUCGGGCUCGGCUACGUGCUGAUGCUGGCCGUGAUGGCCGACGCGGCCGCGAUGGCCGCGGCCGUUUUGGGCCACGCCUUGGGGUUUGUGGCCUUCGUCCACGCUGCUUCCAGGCCGUUGACCCCCGACACGAAGGCUCGUCUCCAUCACAUCGUCUGUUGA